AUGGGCGCACCGGCGUCAUGCCCCCAGGAGGAUAGCUGGUGGAAGAUGGGCGGAGGUGGGGCAGGGAGGAAUGGGGGAAAGGGAGGAAAGAGUGAGAGAAGUGGGAGAUUCAGGAAUCCACUGUGGCAAUGGGAUAGAUGGAAUGGAGCGGCGCCUCAGGAGAUAGGUGGGGGUGAGAUGGGUGGGGGUGAGAUGGGUGGGGGUGGGAUGGGUGGGGGUGAGAUGGGUGGGGGUGAGAUGGGUGGGGGUGAGAUGGAUGGGGGUGAGAUGGGUGGGGGUGAGAUGGCUGGGGGUGGGAUGGGUGGGGGUGAGAUGGGUGGGGGUGAGAUGGGUGGGGGUGAGAUGGGUGGGGGUGAGAUGGGUGGGGGUGAGAUGGAUGGGGGUGAGAUGGGUGGGGGUGAGAUGGGUGGGGGUGAGAUGGGUGGGGGUGAGACUGGCCGUGCAAUGGGGAUUGUGGGGAGGGUGGGGAAGGGGGGAGAGGGGGGAGAAGGAGCUGAUGUCAAGAAAGUCAACGAGCCACCCACCUGUCUGACCAGCAGCCCAGCUACGGCCAAGCCUCCUGAAGUGGUUAGACACGCCCGCCAAACCUCCUCUCUAGGAGCGACAGCGACAGGAGCAGCAGGGACAGCAGGGGCAGCAGGGGCGGAAGAGGAAGUAGAAUCUGGAGAGACGGGUGCAGCUAUCGGCGGUGGCUUUUUAGUUGACUCGGAAGAGGAAGGAGAAGGUGGAGAGUGGAUUUGUGAGGAUAUCUUAUCUGAAGCGAGGGCGUUGAGGGAGGAGGUGGCGGCGAUAGCGGCGCUGAAGCAGGCCAUUCGAGACAAGCUGCACGUGCUGCAGGUGGACGAGGCGAGCAUGAUGGAGAUCCUCGCGCAGGCGGACGCCCCACCCGCCGUCAGAGCAGCCGCUGCUGCUGCUGAAGCGCACAUGCACAAAAGCGCUGGGGGAAGUGGAGAUGGGGGAGGGGGCGCGGAUUGGGGCGGGGAAGAAAGGGAGGGGGCGGGGGAGGAGGAAGGGGAGGAGGAGAUGAGUCUGGACGAUAUGGUGGCUGGGCUGGCGGAGGAACUUGAGAGGGAGAUGGGGGGUGGCGGGGGGCAUGCAGGGGGGAAGGAGUGGGGGAAGGUGGGGGAGGAGGAGGAGGGGGAGGAGGGGGAGGAGGAGAUGAGUUUGGAUGAUCUGGUUGCGGGGCUGGCGGAGGAACUGGAGAGAGAGAUGGGGGGUGGCGGGGGGCACAUGGGGGGCGAUGGGGGCCAUGGGGGUGGUGAGGGGCAUGGGGCCGGUGGGGGGCAUGUGGGGGGGCAUGAGGGGGGUGGUGGGGGCCACGCGGAUGCAGACAGUGGGGGAGGAGGAGGGGAUGAGUUUGGAUGA